GGCCAGUCGUGUGAGCACACCUUCUGGUGAGAUUGAGCUGCUUUUGUCUUUUUGACAGAGGCGGCCGAUCAUCACUCAAACGGAGCAGCACAAAGCGCGAGCGGCGAUUCGGAGAAGAGGGACAGGGGAGAAGAGAGCCGACAAGAAAAAAGGGGAAAUGAGGGAGGGGAGGGGAGUCGAGUCAAGCCGCCUUUUGACCGUCCCACCCCUUGUUGGCGUACAUGAAGGCGAAGCAACGUCCCGGCCCAUUCUUGCGCCCCGUAGCCACUCGUUUGGUCCACCCCGACUCCAUUCCGCUCUUGGUGACGGCCUCGAGGCGGAAGUCGGCAUGCACCUUUUGGCCUUUGCAGCUCCCAUCAAGCACCAAGGCCACUUGCCACGAGCCGAGCAGGCCUACGUCCGUGGCCCUGUUCUCACGCAUGUUGAGGUCAAUCCCGGUAAAUUCGUCGUUCAGCGUCGCUUGUCCAGUGACGGCCGAGGUAUACGUGGACUCAGUGCUGACACUGCGUUUCCAAUGGUGCCGUACAUCGAGCCCGGUGUGGGGAUCAGAGAUGCCCAGGGAUGCGCCGCUUUCCCUGUCCUUGCUGCGACGAACGUCUGCGGUGUCUUCCUUUUGGUGCCACAGCGUGAAGCGACGGAUCUUCAUGGUGCCUGUAGCUUGGGGAUCAAGCUUGAACGCAAGACAGAGAUUGGCUCGCGCAAAGAUCCGGUCAUAGGGAUUGAAGGUGCACCGAAACGAGACGACGACGUCGCUUUCGCGCUGAUUGCUCUGCAGGUUGAACAACUGGUAGUCGAACGUGAUGAGAUUGUUCUUGAGCCUGAGCCCUGGCAAGCCCAUGGAGCCCUGUGUGCCCUCGCCGUCGUCCUCGUCACUCUCUGCUUGGAGAGCAGCCCUGAUGUCGGCCUUUCCCCGAUGCGAGACCGUGCUCACAAUGUUGGUCUCGCCACCGAGGUGACCGCUCUCGUCUACAUCCUCUUCCGUCCAGUCAUCGACAUCCAGACGGUAAAGCGGGGAAAUGGCCGUGCUGGUCACGGCCGACUUUCUCGCGAGGGUGUCUCUGAGAGAAGGGAACGCCAUCUGUGGCUGUAGUCUCCUGAGUUUGCCAAGGCAGCGAGUUUUGGAGAGGAGGAGCAAAGAAAGGAUACGACAAGCUCGUUGCUCGGCCCCUGUGCUCUGGCCGCUCUGGACUAACCCUAACCCUCUCGACCGGCUCCUCUUUGAAUCUGGCUCUUCAUUCGAAAUAUAGUGUAGUAGUAGUAGUAGUAGUAGUAGUGGAAGUAGUAGUAGUAGUAGUAGUAGUAGUACUAGUAGUAGUAGUAGUAGUAGUAGUAGUAGUAGUAGUAGUACUAGUAGUAGUAGUAGUAGUAGUAGUAGUAGUAGUAGUAGUAGUAGUAGUAGUAGUAGUAGUAGUAGUAGUAGUAGUAGUAGUAGUAGUAGUAGUAGUGUAGGGUGCUGUGGCUUUUCGAAGAUACAGUCGGGGACGAAUCUAGAGAAUUUCUGUCCACGAC